GGCGGCAGCAGAGAGUCACCGCUCCGUUAGGGCCGCCAUCUUGUCUGCGUCCGGACCCGCUGCCGCUCUCGGGGCCUGCUCGUUCUCCUCGUCGUGUGAAGCGGUGGAGGGAGCGAGGACGCGGCGCACGGCCGGGUGGUGCUGAUGCGUGCGGGGUCUUCUCUCUUCUCCCUCGGGCGCCGCUAGUAGAAGGGGGCGGGGGUAGCCGGGCGGUCUCCGGCGCGGCCUUUCCUCUCCUCGGCCGGGAUGGGUCGGUCCCGCAGCCGGAGCUCGUCCCGCUCCAAGCACACCAAGAGCUCAAAGCACAACAAGAAGAACCGGAGCCGCUCGCGGUCCCGCUCUCGGGAGAAAGAGCGGGCGCGGAAGCGCUCCAAGUCCCGGGAGAGCAAGCGCAAUCGGCGCCGCGAGUCCCGCUCCCGCUCCCGCUCCAACACGGCCCCCUCCUCCCGCCGCGAUCGGGAGCGCGAACGCGAGCGCGCCUCAUCCCCGCCGGACCGCAUCGACAUCUUCGGGCGCACGGUGAGCAAGCGCAGCAGCCUGGACGAGAAGCAGAAGCGGGAGGAGGAGGAGAAAAAAGCAGAGUUCGAGCGGCAGCGGAAAAUUCGUCAACAAGAAAUCGAAGAGAAACUCAUAGAGGAAGAAACUGCUCGAAGAGUGGAAGAACUUGUGGCUAAAAGAGUGGAAGAAGAGUUGGAGAAACGGAAGGAUGAGAUUGAGCGAGAGGUUCUCCGCAGGGUGGAGGAGGCUAAGCGCAUCAUGGAAAAACAGUUGCUCGAAGAACUCGAGCGACAGCGACAAGCUGAGCUUGCAGCACAAAAAGCCAGAGAGGAAGAAGAGCGUGCAAAGCGUGAGGAACUAGAGCGAAUACUAGAAGAGAAUAAUCGAAAAAUUGCAGAAGCACAAGCUAAACUGGCUGAAGAGCAAUUGAAAAUUGUUGAAGAACAAAGAAAGAUUCAUGAGGAGAGGAUGAAACUAGAACAAGAGAGGCAACGUCAGCAAAAGGAAGAGCAAAAAAUUAUCUUGGGCAAAGGAAAGUCUAGGCCAAAACUGUCCUUCUCGCUAAAGAGCCAAGAUUAAAAUGCAACUCUGAACUCUCACAAGAAGAAGAAAAAAACAUUUAAACAACAACAACAACAACAACAAAACACCACCAACAAAAAACUUUGUAUGGUAGCUUCAUGUUGAAGUGUUUUUUUUUCUCUCAAUUUUUUUUGUCUUUUUAUUUUAUUUUUUUUUUGAAAAUCUGGAAAGUUAGCUUGUUCUAAUAGGGGCUGUGCUCUGCAAUUCUUAAUUUUUUUUUUUUUUAACUCCAUUAAGUUAAACCCUUAUCAGAUCAUUGUUGCCUUUUAGAGAAUAAUCAGUUCUCAUACAUUUGUUUCCGUAUUAGUGGUCUGAAGCAGAUCAGGUCACUUUAUGAAUUGUGGAUGAUCUGAUAAGGUUUUACGGACCUACUCAUCAGAGUUUGACUCUGAUAAUUGACAGAACUUUAUACUGGGUAUUGCUGACUCUUAAUUAUUUUUUUUAAAAGUCGGUGAAUACAUGAGUAAAUUGCCAUGGUAUUACUGGACCUCUGUGGCUUAUUGUUAAAUCAGUGUCCUAUGAUACUGUCCCAUUGUUGCGCUUGAUGUUCCCGAUACAGGUAAGGAAAUAGUUUGUCAUUUCUGCUAUGAAUACAUAGGGAGAGUUCAGUAUUGUCUCUGUUAGAUUUGUUUUUAUUACAUUGACAGCAUUCAACCAGCGUUCCCCAUUGUGUAAAUAAACCAAUUUGCUGAAUAAAGUGAAAGUCUUAAAUUCGUAUGUUUAAGUAAAUUUUUUUAGUACACUUCUAUAAACAGCUAUAAGAAUGACAAUUCACGUUAUUAAAUGCAAGACUAUAGUGGUAUAUUUUUAAUUUUGCUUUAAACUAUUGUGGCUUCUCCUACUUACAGUGCAAAAUUACACACAGUAAAAAAUCCCUGCAGUUGUGAAUGUUUUUGAUGGCUGCUGCUGUUUUCAUGAAUGUUGGUUUUGUUGUGUUUUUUCCUUCAGACAAAGACUUAUUUCAGCUGUAUUAUGUUUAAACAGCUGUAUGGCUUACUGCACCUACACCAAUACUUAAAUAUUGAAUCCCCUUCAGUUUACCUCAUAAUAUAGCAUACUGCUAUAAGUUAAUAUCGUUACCGUACAACGAAUCAGAUCCUAAAGGAUUUAGAAAUGGAAGUUUUUUUUCCCCAAAAGAAAAGCAGAAAGUAAGAUUCUGUUUAAAUAAAUUGUUUUAGCAGAAAGCAAAUGCUAACUCAUAUACAAGAUCUUGAAUGUUAUCCACUAUUUUGAAAAAUGAAACUAUAGAUUGAAAAUGGUAUUUAAAAAAAAAUCCCCUUUUGGUAUACAACUCUUUUACCAAAACCUGAAUUAUUAUAGCUUGUCCAGUUCUGAAACUUUUUUCCUAUCAGUAUGCAACAUCUGUAGUAUACAUAAAAUGAAAGAAAUCAGUAGUUGCCUGCAUUUGAAUGUUGCUGGAUAAAGAUGGAAAUAAUUCCUGAUAUUCUCUACGGAUCUGUUUCUGUAGAAUUGCCAAAUUAACUGUAAAGCAAGUUGAGUGUGUCACUGACAGCAGUAUUCAACAUGCUUUGUAUGAAACCUGGGCUUGGGGGCAGAUGGAUGUGUAUGGCUUUGUCCACUAUGUCAAGAAAAAUGCAAAGACAGUAAAAUACCUACACUUCAACUGUACUUACAUUUGUCUCUCUAUGUUGUAUUACAAAAGAAGGUUGAAGGUUUCUUAAUGCAUAAAAACAAAAGCUGAAACCAAAUAAAUCAUGUGCGUGACCUGUUGGCAGGAGCAGGCUGUAUUUAAAGCUGAACUGAUACCUGUAUUUCUAAAACAGAAAACAAUUCCUGUUCCCUUAAGAGAAACAAGCUAUUAAAAGUGGAUACUCAAACAGA